AGAACCGAAGCUCGUAAACUAAAACCAAAAAGCGCAAAUAUCUCCCACAUACAGAAACAGAGCGAGCGAGAGAGACAGAGAGAGGAAGAAACAGAACAGAAGGCGAGUGUACAUUUCACUUUCAGGUCCAAAUCAAUUCAAAAAUCCCUCAAAAAAUAAUUUCCAGAUCAAACCCUAAUUUCGAUUUGGCCUCUCAUUUCUCAAAUUUUCAUUCUUUAUAAACCUAGAUCCACUUUCUCUCUCUGUCUCUGUUCGUAUCUUUGUAAUUCUAGAUUACAAUUGGCGUUGUAGGAAGAAAGAAUUCUUUUCAUUGUUGGUUUAUUUAUUAUGGCGUGUAUAAAGUCGGUGAAUAGAUCGGCGUCAGUGGCGUUAGCGCCGGAUGCACCGUACAUGGCAGCCGGGACGAUGGCGGGAGCAGUCGAUCUGUCUUUUAGCUCGUCGGCUAGUCUUGAGAUCUUCAAGCUUGAUUUCCAAUCGGAUGAUCGUGAUCUUCCUUUGGUCGGCGAGUUUCAGAGCUCUGAGAGAUUUAACCGUCUUGCUUGGGGUAGAAAUGGAUCCGGGUCUGACCAGUACUCCCUUGGGCUCAUUGCGGGUGGGCUUGUUGAUGGUAGUAUCGAUAUUUGGAAUCCUCUGUCUCUGAUCCGGUCUGAGACAAGUGAAAGUGCUCUUGUUGGACAUCUUUCAAAACACAAAGGACCUGUUCGUGGUCUUGCAUUUAACAGCUUUACACCUAACUUGCUUGCAUCUGGUGCUGAUGAUGGUGAAAUUUGCAUCUGGGAUUUGGCUGCACCUGCAGAACCUUCUCAUUUCCCACCUCUAAAGGGUAGCGGUUCUGCUGCUCAAGGUGAAAUUUCCUAUAUUUCUUGGAAUAGCAAAGUUCAACACAUAUUGGCAUCCACUUCCCUCAAUGGAAUAACUGUUGUUUGGGACCUAAAAAAGCAGAAACCAGUGAUAUCUUUUCAAGAUUCAGUUAGAAGAAGGUGUUCUGUGUUGCAGUGGCAUCCUGAUGUUGCCACUCAGCUUAUUGUUGCAUCUGAUGAGGACAGUUCUCCUGCUCUCCGGCUUUGGGAUAUGCGAAACACAAUGACACCUUUGCAAGAGUUUGUGGGUCACACUAAGGGUGUAAUUGCAAUGUCAUGGUGUCCAAAUGACAGUUCCUAUUUGCUUACCUGUGCUAAAGAUAAUAGAACUAUUUGCUGGAACACUACAACCGGAGAGAUUGUCCGUGAAUUGCCUGCAGGAGCCAACUGGAACUUUGAUGUACAUUGGUAUCCAAAGAUUCCUGGAGUUAUAUCAGCAUCUUCUUUUGAUGGAAAGAUUGGCAUUUACAACAUUGAGGGUUGCAGUCACUAUGGUGCCAUUGAGGGUGAUUUUGGAGCAGUCACACUAAGAGCUCCAAAAUGGUAUAAACGUCCAGCUGGGGUAUCUUUUGGCUUUGGUGGAAAACUCGUAUCUUUUCACCCUAAGUCAUCUACUACAAAUGUUUCAGAGGUCCUUUUGCAUAACUUGGUUACUGAACAUAGUUUGGUGCAUCGGUCCUCUGAAUUUGAAGCUGCCAUACAAAAUGGAGAGAAGUCUUCGUUAAAAGCAAUAUGUGAAAAAAAAUCUGAGGAGGCUGAAUCAGAGGAUGAUCGUGAAACUUGGGGCUUCUUAAAGGUUAUGUUUGAAGAAGAUGGGACAGCAAGGACAAAGAUGCUUACCCACCUUGGUUUUAGUGUACCUGUGGAAGAGAAGGAGGCUGUACAGGGUGACAUUUCCCAACAAAUUGAUGCCAUUCGGCUUGAUGAUACAACAGUAGAUAAAGUGGGAUAUGAGAGUGUUAAAGAGCCCACAGUUUUCUCUGCAGAUGAUGGAGAAGAUUUCUUUAACAAUCUCCCGAGCCCCAAAGCUGAUACACCUAAAUUUACUUCUAGAGAUAACUUCAGUCCUAGAAAUUCUGUUCCUCAUGCAGAAGAAAUAAAACAGGAACCAGAUACACUGGAGGAGAGUUCUGAUCCAUCAUUUGAUGAUAGUGUUCAGCGGGCUUUGGUUGUGGGGGAUUACAAGGGUGCUGUUGCACAGUGCAUAUCUGCAAACAAAAUUGCUGAUGCUUUAGUUAUUGCUCAUGUUGGUGGUACUUCCUUGUGGGAGAGUACUCGUGAUCAAUACCUUAAGAUGAGCCGUUCACCUUACUUGAAGAUUGUUUCUGCAAUGGUGAACAAUGAUCUUAUGAGCCUUGUCAACACCCGGCCCCUGAAAUACUGGAAAGAAACACUUGCUCUUCUAUGUACAUUCGCACAGAAUGAGGAAUGGAGUCUACUGUGUAAUUCACUCGCAUCAAAACUAAUGGUUGCUGGCAAUACUUUGGCGGCAACUUUGUGUUAUAUAUGUGCGGGAAACAUAGACAAAACUGUUGAAAUUUGGUCAAGAAACCUGACAGCUGAGCGUGAAGGGAAAUCAUAUGUUGAACUUCUUCAGGAUUUGAUGGAGAAAACUAUUGUCCUUGCUUUGGCAAGUGGGCAGAAACGUUUUAGUGCAUCUUUGUGGAAGCUUGUUGAGAAAUAUGCUGAAAUUUUAGCCAGUCAGGGGCUUUUAACGACCGCAAUGGAAUACUUGAAUCUUUUGGGGUCUGAUGAAUUGUCUCCUGAACUUGUAAUAUUAAGAGAUCGUAUUGCCCUCUCCACAGAACCUGAGAAAGAUGCUAAGACUAUGAAUUAUGGGCAACAGCAAGGUGGGUCAGUAUAUGGUGCUGAACAAUCUAGUUUUGGCGUUACUGAUGCUUCUCAACACUAUUAUCAGGAAACAGCACCGUCACAAUUGCAUCAAAGUGUUCCUGGAAGCCCAUACAGUGAAAAUUAUCAACAACCUCUUAUGCCUUCAUAUGGAAGAGGAUAUAGUGCUCCUGCUCCAUAUCAGCCUGCACCUCAGCCUGCUCCAUAUCAGCCAACCACACAGCCUGGAAUGUUCGUUCCAUCUCAGACACCUCAGGUUCCUCAGGCAAAUUUUGCUCCACCUCAUGCCCCCACACAACAAGCUGUGAGGACUUUUGUUCCGUCAAAUGUUCCUAUUUUGAGAAAUGCUGAGCAGUACCAGCAACCCACAUUGGGUUCUCAGUUAUAUCCGGGGAGUGCUAAUCCCGCCUAUCAACCUGUGCAGCCUCCAGCUGGUUCAGGUCCUGUUGCAUCUCAAGUGGGUCCAAUUUCUGGCAAUAAAAUACCACAGGUUGUGGCUCCCACUUCAACACCUAUGGGAUUUAGGCCUGUAACAAAUUCAGGGGUUGCUCAAAGGCCUGGGAUCAGUUCAAUGCAACCUCCCAGUCCUACUCAAUCAGCAAAUGUACAACCGGCUGUGGCACCUGCUGCUCCACCACCCACAGUACAGACAGUUGAUACUUCAAAUGUGCCUGCUCAUCAUAGACCUGUCGUUUCAACAUUGACAAGACUAUUUAACGAGACAUCAGAAGCUUUGGGAGGUUCACGGGCGAAUCCUGCUAGGAAGCGUGAAAUAGAAGACAAUUCAAGGAAAAUUGGUGCCUUGUUUGCAAAGCUCAACAGUGGAGAUAUAUCAAAAAAUGCUUCUGAUAAGCUUGUGCAGCUGUGCCAGGCAUUAGAUAAAAAUGAUUUCAGUACGGCCCUGCAAAUUCAGGUACUUCUUACGACGAGCGAGUGGGAUGAGUGUAAUUUCUGGCUUGCAACUCUCAAGAGAAUGAUAAAGACAAGGCAGGGUGCAGGUGUGAGAUCAAGUUAAACACAAAGAUGAUCCAAUUAUACUGCGAUCUCCACUUUGCAUUUUCCAUUUCACAGGUGUGGUAAUGCUGUCUACUUGGCCGCUGAUUGUUUCUUUCAUUGUACACAAGAUCAUCUUUUUCUGGACUGCAACUAAAGGGUUUUGGAUCAGUCUGCAGGCUGUUAGUCCUGCAAAAAUCUCAACAAAAGUAAUUCUCGAUCUUCAGGCAGUUAGCGAGGAUAGAUUUCAGGACAUCCAAUUAAACUUGUUGCUGAUUGUUUGUUCUCUUUUAUAUUUGUAGUGUUCAGAAAUUAUAGUUUUGUUUCUAUACAGAUUCAUUUUUGGUGCGAAGUUCAAUAGCAUUAUGAGAUCUGCUGCUGUCAUGUCACCUCUGUUGUGUUGUGCAUGGCAAUCAGUUUGUAUUGCCCAUGUGAUUUUUGUCAUUAAUAUCAACAUUUAUAAAGUUUUAAUAACAAGAUUUUAAGUAUUAUAUUUA